AUGGGUUCCAGCAGCUCGGAGCUGGGAGCUGGAUACAUAAGUGUUCAUGAUAACUUAAAUCAACCAAUAUUAGAAGACCAUGGAAAUGAAAAUACAAAUGCACGACAGGAUCGGCAGAAGGAUACAAAAACAGCUGUGGGUGAUAAAACUUCAAAACUUCAAACUGAAAUAGAUAACGAUGUUAUUACCGAGUAUAAUUUUUCGAAAUCUAUUAAUGCUGUAAGCCCAAAGAAAAAUUUGCUCGAGGAAGCAAAUAAUAAGCCACUCAGCCCAACAAGCACAUCUAUUUUAGAACCUGAGGAACGGCUAAGCCCAAGUAAUACAAAUAAUACUGUACCGGUUGAUUACCAAAAUGCAUCUUUAGAAGCAACCAAUUCUUCUUCUUUGGAAAGUGCUGAUUAUGAUAAAGUCGAUCAGAAUCCACCAAUUUUGACUGCGACCACAUCAGCUAAAUGUAACAACGAAAAUAUCGUCAAUGCUAAUAACUUAGACAUAAGUGUUCAUGAUAACUUAAAUGAACCAAUAUUAGAAGACCAUGGAAAUGAAAAUACAAAUACACGACAGGAUCGGCAGAAGGAUACAAAAACAGCUGUGGCUGAUAAAACUUCAAAACUUCAAACUGAAAUAGAUAACGAUGUUAUUACCGAGUAUAAUGUUAAUAUAAAUGAGCAAGCCGAGGACAAUAUUAAAACAGUUCAAGACGACAUUAUUAUAAAAGAGUCAAUUACAAUAUUUAGCCCUCAAAUAGAAAGCUUGGAAUCUAUACAAGAGUCGCAAACAGACGUCAUCAUACCAUCACUAAAAAGCCCAAGUGGUGAAAAUAAUAAAUUAGUUUCGAAAUCUAUUAAUGCUGUAAGCCCAAAGAAAAAUUUGCUCGAGGAAGCAAAUAAUAAGCCACUCAGCCCAACAAGAACAUCUAUUUUAGAACCUGAGGAACGGCUAAGCCCAAGUAAUACAAAUAAUACAGUACCGGUUUGUUACCAAAAUGCAUCUUUAGAAACCACCAAUUCUUCUUCUUUGGAAAGUGCUGAUUAUGAUAAAGUCGAUCAUAAGCCACCAAUUUUGACUGCGACCACAUCAGCUAAAUGUAACAACGAAAAUAUCGUCAAUGCUAAUAACUUAGACAUAAGUGUUCAUGAUAACUUAAAUGAACCAAUAUUAGAAGACCAUGGAUAUGAAAAUACAAAUACACGACAGAAUCGGCAGAAGGAUACAAAAACAGCUGUGGCUGAUAAAACUUCAAAACUUCAAACUGAAAUAGAUAACGAUGUUAUUACCGAGUAUAAUGUUAAUAUAAAUGAGCAAGCCGAGGACAAUAUUAAAACAGUUCAAGACGACAUUAUUAUAAAAGAGUCAAUUACAAUAUUUAGCCCUCAAAUAGAAAGCUUGGAAUCUAUACAAGAGUCGCAAACGGACGUCAUCAUACCAUCACUAAAAAGCCCAAGUGGUGAAAAUAAUAAAUUAGUUUUCAAAUCUAUUAAUGCUGUAAGCCCAAAGAAAAAUUUGCUCGAGGAAGCAAAUAAUAAGCCACUCAGCCCAACAAGAACAUCUAUUUUAGAACCUGAGGAACGGCUAAGCCCAAGUAAUACAAAUAAUACAGUACCGGUUUGUUACCAAAAUGCAUCUUUAGAAACCACCAAUUCUUCUUCUUUUGAAAGUGCUGAUUAUGAUAAAGUCGAUCAGAAGCCACCAAUUUUGACUGCGACCACAUCAGCCAAAUGUAACAACGAAAAUAUCGUCAAUGCUAAUAACUUAGGUAAGUGAACGUGUGUAAUCAUUUCUUAUGCUUUCGGUCGCGAAUGUAUAACUUUAACAUGUACAGUCACGAUAAUAAUGGCAUUAACCUGGCGUUGCCUUGUUUACUUUUUGAAGCCUUUAAGCUAAAAUUCAACAACAGAACAAGUACAAGGGCAUAGUCAGGAGUGGCCAACAAGAAUACACCCUCAGCUACCGAUACAAGCAUUCGAAUCAUGUAUACAUGAUUACUCAAAAUUA